ACAUGGUAGGGACAUCUCAGAAGGCGGAUGUGCCUGGCAGACAUGAUAAUCUAGGCUCAGCCUUGAUACCCUGCUGCUGCUACUGUUGCAUGUAAACAAUCUGGGGGCUGGCAGAGGCGUGGAUGCAGUAAUGUGCAUCACUGGUGCCACCCACAGGGAGGGAUCACCUUCUGCCUAUGGACGCUUUAUGUAUUAGCUUCAGUUGCAGGAUCAAGCAGAUGGCAAGGAACAGACUGAGAAGGGACAUGCUGUAUACCGAAGCUGCCUUGUCCUCACAACAGCCCAAAUGAGCCUCUUUAUUCUUGCCUUGUAGUGGAUCACUGAUAAGCCAUAGUAUACAGGCUUAGGCAUUCACUGUAUAAGAGCAGUGCUAGAAGAACUGUGGGGCAGGUCAUUAAAGAUCAUCACCCUAUAAGUUGUAUAUCAUCACCCUGAUUUGUCAGGGACCCUAAGGUCAACUGCAAAGUCUUCUAUAAACUCAAGACACGAGGAAGACGAGAAUUGGCAUCUCCCUGAACUGGAAACCUGAAAAGUGGCAUACCUGGCAAUUACAAAAGUCACCCAGCAAUGGCAUCAUUGAGAAUAUGGGACCAUCUUCAGGCUGGGAGCUCAGAGGUGGACUGGUGUGAAGACAAUUACAAAAUUGUCCCCACUAUUGCUGAGUUUUACAAUACGAUCAGCAACAUUUUGUUUUUUGUGCUGCCACCAAUAUGCAUGUGCCUGUUCCGUCAAUAUGCAACUUGCUUCAACAGCGGGAUAUAUUUAAUAUGGGCCCUGCUCGUAGUGGUCGGGAUUGGGUCUGUAUACUUUCAUGCAACCCUCAGUUUCCUGGGACAGAUGCUGGAUGAGUUGGCCAUCCUGUGGGUACUAAUGUCUGCAUUAGCAAUGUGGUUCCCCAAAAGACACCUUCCAAGAGUUUUCCGACAUGACAGGUGGAGAUUUAAAGCAGUUGUCGGAGUACUCUCUGGAAUCACCACAGUUUUGGCGUUUGUCAAGCCUGUCAUUAAUAGUAUAUCUCUAAUGACACUGGGAAUACCCUGUACAAUCCUGCUUAUUGCUGAGCUUAAGAGGUGUGACAACAUGAGAGUUUACAAGUUGGGCCUUAUGUCUGGCUUUUGGUGGACAUUAGCAUUAGUCUGUUGGAUUAGUGAUAAAGCGUUUUGUGAAAUGUGGGCCCAUUUCAACUUCCCCUACCUCCACUGUGUGUGGCACAUUCUCAUCUGUCUGGCGGCUUAUCUUGGUUGUGUCUGUUUCGCUUACUUUGAUGCUGCAUCUGAAAUUCCAGAGCAAGGACCUGUGAUUAAAUUCUGGCCGAGUGAAAAGUGGGCUUUUAUUGGAGUGCCCUAUGUCAGCUUACUCUGCGCUCACAAAAAGUCACCUGUGAAAAUAACAUGAACUCCAGCAGAACGAUGAUGAACAUGAAGACCCUUCUACAGUGCAAUCUCCGUGGGAUUUAGCAGGCAUUUUUCACUGCCAUGUGUCUCAUCAGGGACUAAUAAUGAAAGACUUGUCUUAUCUUAAUUCUCUUCAUUUGCCUAAAUACAGUAUUUUUUGGAGAGUCUUAUUUAUUGACACAUCCAUAUUUAUAUAAUGAUAUUUCCUGCAUUAAAAAUACCUAUUUCUACAUGGCACCUGUGAUAUUAUCUAUCACUUGGAGGCCCGUAUGUUAUUCGAAUCAGGACUAUAUGAAUAUUUUACGAUGUGCUAUGACUGGUAACCGUCAUCUCUGUUAUAAUGGAAAUGUAUAAAUCCAAAGAAAAAGGGAUUGUGUUAAAUGGUCCACAGUAAUCUGUUUUCUAGCUUUUUUAGAGGGAAGAGGUUUGUGUAUUUUCUGGAAAUAUUUUCUUGGGCAUGGCACUAUGGGAUGCUUGGAAGCUACAGUUUUCCUUCAGACUGAGUGUAAAACUGUUUUGUUCAUCAAAGUAUUGGAUAUAUUCAAAGUUCUUCAGCUGUCUAAAGUCAUUUUACAUUGACAUUGUUAUGCUUGUAUCAACCCAAUUUUAUUAAACACAGUGUUAAUAAUUGUAAUUCUAGGCUUCCUCUCCAUGUUUUUUGCCAGUCUUUCAUAUACAGUGCAUUGUGCAGUAAGUCUAUGAAGUGAACGUGAACAUGAGCUGGGCUUGCUUCAUAGAUGGUAAUUGAUGACUGCUAUCAGCAGCUGGAACUCACUUACAACAACCAAUAUCAGAGGUCAUGCUCAUGUCUGCCAUUAACCCCUUAAAUGGGCACUGUCACCAAACUUUUUUUUAUAUAAGUUGUAGUACUUAUGUACUACAACAUCUCUUAUAUACAUUCAUUAAUUUUUUUUCCAUUAAAUUAGUUUAAUUUACAUUUGAAAACCAGCCACUAGGGGGUCUC